UUAAAAGAAACGCUGCAAUGUUUCAAUGGUCCCCAAAAGGCGAUUCAAAAAUUAAACGUGGGUUAUUUACUAACCCAAACCUUAUCAAUUUUUAGUUAAUUGUUCUUUUUGGUUAAUUUGUUGUUUUAAAUUAAAUUGUGAAUUAAUAUAAAACAACAUGCCACAAAACAACCACAUCGAGCUCCAUAGGAAGCGCUAUGGACGUCGUCUUGAUUAUGAAGAACGUAAACGUAAAAAGGAGGCUCGGGCCCAUCGAGAAAUCUCGCACAAAGCUAAGACUUUAAGGAAAUUGAAAGCCAAGAUGUUUAACAGGGAACGAUUCAAGGAGAAAAUCCAAAUGAAGAAGACAAUGAGGAUGCAUGAAAUGAAGAAGUCUAAAAAGAAGGCCGAAGAAGAGGUUAAAGAAGGUGCCGUACCUGCCUAUUUAUUGGACAGAGAAGGUCAAAGCAGAGCCAAAGUUCUUUCUAACAUGAUUAAACAAAAAAGAAAAGAAAAGGCCGGUAAAUGGGAAGUGCCAUUACCUAAAGUUAAAGCACAGUCAGAUGCUGAAGUCUUCAAAGUUAUCAAGACGGGAAAAAGGAAAAAGAAGGCCUGGAAAAGAAUGGUUACUAAAGUUUGUUAUGUUGGUGAAGGGUUCACACGUAAACCUCCGAAAUUUGAACGCUUUAUAAGACCUAUGGGACUGAGAUUUAAAAAGGCUCACGUUACUCAUCCUGAAUUAAAGACAACUUUCCAUCUUCCAAUAAUAGGCGUUAAAAAGAAUCCUAGCUCUCAGAUGUUCACUAGCUUAGGAGUUAUAACUAAAGGAACUAUUAUCGAAGUAAAUGUAUCAGAACUUGGUUUAGUUACACAAUCUGGUAGAGUUAUUUGGGGUAAAUAUGCUCAAGUGACUAAUCAUCCAGAAAAUGAUGGUUGUAUAAAUGCAGUUCUUUUGGUUUAAUUUAAAUAAAAAGUCUUCGUAAUUAA